GUUCCUUGCUCGAAGAGGAUUGGCGUUUAGGGAAGCAAAGAACAUUGGCAUCAUAAAUUUAGAUUCUCUUCUGCCUCUGUCCCUUUGUCAUUUGCUUGGACUCUCUCAGAAAUCGGACAACCUCUUUGGGUUCUGGCGGUGUCCAAUGUUCCAUGAGGCUGUCAAGACAGUCCAAAUGCAGGAACUUGAGCGCUUGGAAUUAUGGAAAACGGACACUCCGACAAGACUUGAGCUUCCAACAAAUGCCGAUUUAAUCCAAAGCGUAUGUCUCUCUUCGGACCAAUGGAAAACGAGAAGCACAAGGAGGAGGAGUCCGUCCAUAAGCUAUAUAUUUCACAUCAUAGACAAGUGUAGUAUGAUAUUUCUAUCUUAAUGACUAGGUAUUAGUAAUCAGUACUGCCGAUUUUGGAGCUCCAUCAAGUAAACAGAUCAUCAGCAUAUCUUUCUCGGCCAUUUGAUUGAGAUCAAUAGGCUAUAGAUCGGUGGGAUGGGCAAUCAAGGUGGCCUUUUCAGGUUCGCCGACAGUGUAGAUAAACUUUUCGUGGUGCUGGGGACGUUGGGAAGUGUUGGGGAUGGGCUGAUGUCCCCGUUGACGAUGCUUGUCCUGAGCUUGGCUAUUAACGACUAUGGUGCGGAGGAUGCGUCUUUCUCCAAUGAAGUCGUUGACAAGCAUGCGCUUCGGCUGUUCAUUGUCGCUAUUUUUGUCGGAGCAUCUGCUUUCACUGAAGGAAUCUGUUGGACCAGGACUGCAGAAAGACAGUCUUCCCGAAUCCGAAUGGAAUACCUAAAGUCAGUUCUAAGACAGGAAGUUGGGUUUCUUGAUAGCCAAGAUGCUUCCUCCAGCACUUUCCGUGUGGUUUCCGCAAUAUCUUCCGAUGCCCAUUCUAUUCAGGACGUUAUUGCUGAGAAGAUACCAAACUCCAUUGCUCACGUCUCGUCAUUCAUCUUCAGCCUUGUAGUUGCAUUCAUGCUCUCCUGGAGGCUUGCCCUUUCUGCUUUACCCUUCUCUCUAAUGUUUGUCAUUCCAGUGGUCGGGCUGGGGAAGCUGAUGAUGACUCUAGGGGCAAAAUCAAAAGAAGCAUACGAGGUUGCUGGUGGAGCUGCAGAACAGGCAGUUUCAUCCAUCCGAACUGUCUACUCAUAUGUUGCGGAACGGCAAACUGUGGCUAGAUUUAGCAACGCCCUUCAGAGGACUAUGGAGCUUGGGAUUCAUCAAGGCUUCAUAAAAGGAUUGCUAAUCGGGAGUAUGGGAAUGGUUUUUGCUGCUUGGGCGUUCCAGGCUUGGGUUGGUAGCAUGCUCGUCUCCGAGAAAGGUGAAAAGGGAGGAACCGUUUUUGUCGCCGGAAUUUGCAUUAUCAUGGGAGGAUUGUCUAUCAUGACUGCACUGCCGAAUCUCUCUUCCAUCUCAGAGGGAGUUACUGCUUCCAGCCGAAUCUGCGAGAUGAUCGAUCGUGUUCCAGGUAUAGACUCGGAAGACCCAAAGGGAAAGACACUCGCAUAUGUGAGGGGGGAUAUCGAGUUUAAAGGAGUUGAAUUCAGUUACCCAUCAAGGCCCAAUAACCGUGUCUUAAGAGGGCUUAAUCUCAGUGUCCGAGCAGGCACAACAGUCGGUUUAGUUGGAGGCAGUGGUUCGGGCAAGUCCACGGUUAUCUCCUUGCUGGAACGAUUUUAUGACCCAGUUACGGGUGACAUUUUUCUUGAUGGGCACAAGUUAAAGAAACUGAAGCUGAAGUGGUUAAGGUCCCAGAUGGGUCUAGUAAGCCAGGAAACGAUUCUCUUCGCCACUUCCAUCAAGGAGAAUAUUCUGUUCGGCAAAGAAGGAGCUCCGAUGGAGCUUGUGGUUAAUGCUGCUAAGGCUGCGAAUGCACAUGAUUUCAUCAUGAAGCUACCAGAUGGAUACAAUACUCAGGUGGGGCAGUUUGGAGUGCAACUGUCUGGAGGGCAAAAGCAGAGGAUCGCGAUUGCAAGAGCUCUUAUCAGAGACCCCAGGAUUCUCCUGCUCGAUGAAGCCACAAGUGCUUUAGAUGCACAGUCGGAGAGGAUAGUGCAGGAGGCACUGGACCAAGCUUCCGUUGGAAGGACAGCUAUUGUAGUUGCUCACCGCCUUUCCACAAUCCGGAAGGCUAACUUAAUAGCAGUCCUCCAAUCUGGAAAGGUCGUCGAGUCCGGGUCCCAUGAUGAGCUGAUUAAAAUGGAUAAUGGUGUAUACGGCAAGAUGGUGGAGCUUCAACAGGCAGGUAUUGAAAAUGAAGCAUCUAAGGAUCCCAUUUAUCCGACCGGAAACACGGAUCAUAUUCACCAGAGAGGAAUGAGUGCACAGAGUCCCUAUUCACUGACUACUGUUCGAUACAGCUCCCAAGGCAGCCCGGCCUACUUAUAUAGCCCUGUGUUCUCCAUAAGCUUGACGCCCUCAAAUCAGUUCGAUGACUACAGCAGAGAAGACUCUGGGAAGGAUCAUCACCUGAAAUCAUCACAAUGGCGUUUGCUGCUAAUGACUGCGCCAGAGUGGAAGCGAGCAGUUCUAGGAUGCUUAGGCGCUGUCGGGUUUGGGGCAGUCCAACCUGUUCAUGCUUACUGCCUCGGGACGGUCGUAUCUAUAUACUUCCUCAAAGACGGUUCAGCUAUAAAAUCCGAAAUCAAGACUUACAUUUUCAUUUUCUUAGGACUGACGGUGGUCAGCUUCAUCACAAAUCUCUUGCAACACUACAAUUUCGCAAUCAUGGGUGAAAGUCUAAGAAGGCGGGUCCAGGAGCAGAUGUUGGAGAAGAUCCUUACUUUCGAGGUGGGCUGGUUCGACCGGGAUGAGAACAAGAGUGCUGCAAUCUGUGCAAGGCUCGCGAGUGAAGCCAGUGCCGUCCGAUCUAUCAUUGCCGAUCGAAUGUCGUUGCUGAUUCAGGUGUUCUGCAGCGCCACGCUCGCAUUCGUGUUUGGUUUAAUAGUCACAUGGAGAGUAGCCAUUGUGAUGAUUGCUAUGCAGCCUUUUCUCAUUCGGAGCUUCUACUCCCGGAGUGUACUGAUGAAGAAAAUGUCCGAACGAGCUCUUAAGGCACAGACCGAAGGAUGCCAGCUCGCCAGCGAGGCCACGAUCCAUCACAGGACGAUCACGGCCUUCUCCUCUCAGACCCGAAUGUUGGGUUUGUUCCAGGAGACUUUAAGAGGUCCAAGGAGGGAGAACAUCAAGCAAUCCUGGUUCUCAGGUAUUGGGUUGCUCGGUUCCCAGUUUCUGACGACUGCAUCCAUUGCUCUUACUUACUGGUACGGUGGGAGGCUGAUGAACCAGGGACUCGUUGCCCCGAAGCACCUCUUUCAAGCUUUCUUCAUACUCAUGAGCACCGGCAAGAACAUUGCUGAUGCAGGAAGCAUGAUGAGUUCUGAUAUCGCGAAAGGUAGCAAUGCUGUCAAGUCAGUCUUCGCUAUCUUGGACCGGGCAACCGAGAUCGAGCCUGAAGAUCCAGAAGCGGUUGUGGUUCAAGAGACCAUCGAAGGACGCAUCGAACUGAAGAAUAUAUUGUUCUCUUAUCCAGCGAGACCGGACCAGUAUAUCCUGAAUGGUCUGAGCCUCAAAAUUGAAGCGGGAAAGAGAGUGGCCCUUGUGGGGCAGAGCGGUUCAGGCAAGUCUACGAUCAUCGCGCUGAUUGAAAGAUUCUACGACCCUAUAAAAGGACAGGUGCUGGUAGAUGGGCAGGACAUCAAGAGCUAUAAGUUGAGAACAUUGAGGUCUCAUAUUGCACUCGUGAGCCAAGAGCCCACUCUUUUCGCAGGAACCAUUCGCGAGAACAUUGCAUAUGGAAAGGAGGAUGCAACUGAAGCUGAACUAAGGAAGGCAGCUAAACUCGCAAAUGCGCACAAAUUUAUAAGUUCUAUGAAAGACGGGUAUGAUACUUAUUGUGGGGAGAGAGGAGUGCAAUUAUCGGGUGGGCAGAAACAGAGAAUAGCAAUUGCUCAGGCGAUACUGAAGAACCCGGCAAUCCUUCUGCUGGAUGAAGCCACAAGCGCGCUGGACAGUGUGUCAGAGAAUCUGGUUCAGGAGGCGUUUGAGAAGGUCAUGGUGGGGAGGACGUGCGUCAUUGUGGCUCAUCGACUCUCCACCAUACAAAGCUCCGACACGAUAGCUGUGAUAAAGAAUGGGAAGGUUGUCGAACAAGGGUCACACAGGGAAUUGAUCUCGAUCGGGAACCGGGGCUCUUACUACUCGCUGAUCAAGCUACAGGGCAGUCAAUCUCCCUGAGAGCAGGAGACAGUUGAUAUGUGAGCUUCGGUUAAGCAGAUGCUGUAAAUUUUAAUUAGUCCUUAUAAUACAUGGGAAGUAGUUCUCUCUGUCAUGGAUUAUAUAAGAAAAUAUGGUUUUGAAUAAGUUAGGAAUUAGCAGAGAUUGACGAACGCCUUUUCCUUUGUUCCAAAUAUGUUCUGGACAACAGAUUUUUGUUGUAGACAACAAAAAACAAUGCGAGAGAACCUCACCAAAUGUGCAAAAACUGAGCUACAGAUCGUGGAAUAUGGAAGUUUAUAUUCCGUUAGAAAUCUCCUAUAUCAGUAGGUACUAGGAACUGGUAGAAAAGUGAAGUUUUGGUCUGGUCUUUGGGUCGAUGACGAGCCUUUGAGAGCUCUGAUCAGUGGACCUCUUGUUGAAAGAGACAGUUCCCUUUUUCCAAGUGAUGUUCUUAAUAAUGAUAUGGUUCUCGUAAUUUGCAUAACAU